UGCCCAGCCAGUACCUACAACUAUCUAUUGAUGGUUUAAAUACAUGUCUUUUGGUCUAGAAACUUGCAGGGAUUUCUAGAAAAACUAAUGUAUGUUUCAGGCUUUGGCGUUAUCUCAAUUUAUACGUGUUGCCCUGUUAGUGCUGGUAGGAAAUGCUCUACCAAGGCUCCAUCAACUACUAGGAAUAAAACCCGUAAUUCAAUGCUACUUGUCACACUCAAGCUUUUGCACUGACUCAGGAGCUUGUGCUACCUCCUUAUUCAUAGGUUUUCAUAAACCAAAACACUAGCCUGUAAUCAUUCACUGUACCCAUAGUUCAAGAAAGUUCCCCGUCAGUACUGACUGCUCUUCCCUUGGAAGGCGGCACGUAGGCCCCAACUUGAAUUUUCCACAGCUGACUCUUUUCACUGUACUAGGAAGAUGAACUGGGGCAGAUCCGGGUGACAGUCCAUCUAUGUAAAUAGGGCACCUUGACCUCUGUAGACUGAAGUAUCCUCCCACAGAGAGGAGAUAAGGGCCCUAUCCAAUUGCCUCUACGCCAUAGGUCAGCGCUUUUUGCCUAGACAAAAGUUCAAAGAGGUCGACGUUAUUUCUGAACUUUAUUAUUAGAAUUCUAUUUUGACUCAGUGAUGUCACUGAGCUACUUUUUAUAGACUUUUUUUCCUCCACUUUGUGCUGGAGAUCAAACUGUCAGCCUCACGCAUGCUUAGCACACGCUCUACACUCCCAGUCUUGAGCUAUUUUAGAAGCCAGAUUUCUGGUCUCCCUCAGUGGUUUCACGUGGCUUUCAAAGGGGAAGGAAGGGCAGUGCUGACUUCUGAUAAAAUGGGUGAGAGGGUCCAGGCCAGCAACACAGUCACUCAAAGUCCAGAUGAGAGAUCAGUAGAUGCAACGUGCCUGAAAGGUAGCCCUUGAGCACAUUUCUCUGGUAGACAUUAACUUAUUAAAUCAAUCCUGAUUACAAAUAUAAACUUUGCCCCAUCACCUGGCCACCAUGAAAAAGGCAGAUGUCAGUCUAUAAAAGGAAGUGGGAACGGUCCCCGGCUUUCAGGCUGCAACAUUCCACUCCCAAGAUGUGGCACCUCAAACUCCUUGCAGCGCUCAUGAUCUGCCUGCUGCUUUUGGGCCAGGUAGAUGGCUCCACAAUACCAAGACGGAGUCAAGCAAACAGAAGGUCACGGAGAAUGACUCCAUUUUGGAGAGGGGUUUCUCUCAGGCCCAUCGGAGCCUCAUGCAGGGAUGAUUCUGAGUGUAUCACAAAGCUAUGCAGAAAAAGACGCUGUUCCCUAAUUGUGGCCCAGGAAUGAUGUACAUACCAGGGGAAGAAAGGACAACAGUCAACUCCCAACAAUGCUCCGUUCUAUGGAAUAUUGAUGAACUGCAUUUUGGCUGGAGAUACAUAAGUGAAGCAAUCUUGUGUUUUUAAUAUUUAAAGACAGAUGCAUGCUUUAAACUGGUCUCCAUGUCUUCCUAAAAUGUCGCUAUAUAGAUUAAUAUAUUAGUUCAGAGUUUAUUUUUCUAUGGAUACUAUUAAAUGUC